GCAACCCUCCUCGCUCCUCCCUUAGCUCCACCUCUCCCGCUGGUCUUUGAUUGGGUCCUCGGGAGCUUCGCCCUCAAGGCGGACUGGAUUUGGCCUCUGCUCGAAACUUUCAAAGGAGGAAGGAAGUGGCUGGAGUUUGCAACAGGCAACUCCUUGCGAUCCGGAGCCCCCUUCCUCCUUUCGCGCAGUUGGAUCUCCCAGGUGCAUCCCGUCAGUUUGGCAUGCAAGCUGAGCAGCACCAGGAGGAGGAGGAGGAAGAUGAGGAGCAGGAAGGCAGUGGGGGGCCUGACAGCGCUUUCGAGAAAAGCCCCUUCCAACUGACUGCUGAGGAUGUCUAUGACAUCUCUUACGUCCUGGGCAGGGAGCUGCACAAGCUCAGCAGCGAGCCGCGCGUGGCCGUGCCCUCCAAGGUGGCCCAGCUGCAGUUCAAGAUCGUCAGCAUCCUGGAGAUGCUGGAGGCGCUGGUGAAUGAGACCAACCUGACGGUGGAAGCCCUGAAGAUGGAGAGAGACAGCUUGAGAAGAGAGGUGGAGGGGCUCCGGGAGCAGGCAGCCAGCGGAAGCACAAAAGAGGUAAACCUUGGCCCCAACAAAAUGAUCAUAGACCUCACGGACACAAACCGCCCACGAUUCACGCUGCAGGAGCUGAGGGAGGUGCUUCAGGAACGCAACCAGCUGAAGGCCCAGCUGCUGGUGGCCCAGGAGGAGCUGCAGUGCUACAAGAGUGGCCUUGUUCCAGAGAAGCAAGACUGGGGUGAUCCCUUGCAGAAGGCUCCGACUGUAGGAACCACCUCAGAUUCGUGUCAAAGAAGGGAAGAAAAGACCACCAUCAAGCGACUGUUUGCUUUUAAAAAGCCUUGAAGAGGAGCCUCCCUUGUUGAGCUUUGAAGCCUGUAUGGGAGACAACAUCUGGAGCAAAAAUUCAAGGACUGCACUAGUUGAAGGCUGUGCUGGUUGUUUACUGCAGCAGCAGGAAGGUUGGGGCACUGUGUUUCUGUGCAAAGUUAGCAUCCCUUUCCCUUUCCCAAGUUCCUUGUUGCUACAAAAUGUUUCUCACCCAUAUUAUGAGUGCAGCUGUCCGACUGGAAAGGCUUGUACACCUGCAAAGAGCGGAAUAAAUUGGUACACACCUUUGUUUCUUUAA